UCGCAUCGGUGCGUUUCUAUUGUGCCUAUUAAUAAGUAAAGUAUUUUACCUCAAACAUCCUCAUUUGAAGGGGAAAUUAUACAUCAAUAAUUUUCUUGAGUUCGUCGUUUGGGUUUUUAAUAAACCAACCAUUUACACGGAUGUAUAUGUUUAAAUUUGGACAUGAGUUUUAAAGGGAACGUUUGAGGACAAAAUGGGCUUCCACUACGGUUAUUUCGUUUGGACUUUGCUUAUUGUCGUUGUUAAUGCUCGGAAUGAGGUGGUGGAAGAACACGCUGGUCCUAGUACAGACUGUUCCAAAAGUACACGUAAUGCAUUCAACCCAGCAGCUGCCUUAAACGGUUCAAAAUGUUCUAUUGAAAAGACCGGGUGUGGCAAACAGCUAGCUUGCGACGGGAAAAUGUUUGACAGUAUCCCAUUGGAAUAUCCCGAUAUCUCUAAUCCUAUAUGUUCUCUUAACCUGAGUAAUAACUUGAUUUCGGAUAUUCCAAACAAAGCCUUUAAUCUAACUAGCUUAAAGUUAGAAUAUAUUUUAUAUCUGUACUUAGAUGCAAAUAUAAUUCAAUUCAUAUGUCCCGAAGGAUUCUAUGGGCUUACGAAUCUUCAGUUUCUUAACCUCUCAGCAAACAAACUAACAUGGCCGGACAGUUUUAUGAACGGAAUAUUCGCACCGAUGGUUCGACUAGAAUCAUUAAACUUACAAGGCUCGAAAUUCAGUACCUUCAAAGGAUUCGGUAAAGAAAUGAAAAUGCUGAACAAUCUGAGAAGUUUGUCCAUGAGUCCAUCGUCUAAGGGUGGAGAUCUUUUUUUUGAGAAGGAGUUUUUGGAACUGAAGAACCUUGUGAACAUAAGUUUUUACGAUAUGCUUGGCGAGUGCAAUAUCUACAAUAUAAGAGACAAUGCAUUCGAGAACGUCCCAUAUGUGAAAGUUCUUAAUCUCGACAAUUGCCAUAUCAGAACUAUAAGUCGACACGCAUUAAAACCUCUAAACAGUUCCCUUCAGGUCCUUAGUAUAUCGCAAAACAAAAACUUGCAGUUUUCGGGCAUGAACGACGCUUUGGCUGGCUUGGAAAACUCCAGCGCAUUGAUUACAUUACGAGCAAAUGCGAUACACAAAUUCAAUGGUUUAGGUAUAGCCGUGAAAGAAGAUGACAUACAAUACAUUCAAACAUUUAAGGCAAUCGAGCAUUUACAUCUGGAUCUGAACAAAAUUGAAGUUUUAGAAAAGCAAAUAUUAUAUCCCACGUAUAUGCUACCAGGGUCACUCAGGGCGGUUACUCUUGCAGGAAACAGGCUGGUGGGUGGAGGAUAUAUUUUGUACUUGUACAAAGCAACAAAUAUCACAUUUGUUGAUAUAUCCGGGCAAUAUCUUAACUUGCGUCCAUUCCUACACUUCGGAACACAAGCCGGAGUUCAAACUUCAAGUUUAUUUGAUGGUAUCAAAUCUUUUAUUGGCGAUACAACUUUGACGGUAAAUGUGAAUGAAAUCUAUGAUAAAAUGUUUUACAGUAAAAUGUCGUCGUCCGAUUGGGUUGAUAACUACGAAAAAGGAGUUUUCAACUUUACAUUAAACUGUAACUGCAAAACAACAAAUGUCGAAAAAUUCCUGUGCUUACCACCUGAUAUCGAAAUAUGCAAGUUUAGCAAUAGUCAUGCCUAUACCAAAAUUUAUCCUAUGAUUGUUUGUGAUACUACGAAGCUUACAUCCUUGGAUCUUUCCGGAAAUCUUCUGUACAUGUGGGAAGGACCUGUAUUAGGACUACAACAUUUAAAACGUUUAGAUUUGUCAAACAACUAUUGUACAUACAUACAUGAUGUGUUUUUCAUCGGAUUUACAGACUUGGAAGACUUAAACAUAUCCAAAAACAGUCUCACGGAGAAUUUUGAUCCUGCAAGCGACAAAUAUAAUGCUGAUAAGCUAUUUCAAAAUUUAAAAAACUUGAGAAACCUUGACAUGUCUGAAGUUAGAAUAUAUUUUUUAGAUAGAUGUGUUUUUCAAAACUUGAUAAAACUGGAGCGUUUGUGGCUUGAUCAGAACUACCUGAAUGUCUGGUCUGCUGAUCUAAUGACUGUUAGCCUUCAACUGUUGUCAUUUGCAGGAAACAAGUUUACAUUUCUCCCUGAAAACUUAACUAGUUAUCUCAAUGCACAGGUCACGAAACAUAAUGUUACUUUAAAUAUGUCAUAUAUGUCUCUUGAAUGCUCAUGCGAGCAGCUGCCAUUCUGGAAAUGGUUGAGUACGACCAAAGUACACAAAGUGGUUGAAGCCAAUCGAUGCAUGCUGAAUGGGAAACCACAACGGGUUGAAUAUCCAACUGACUUUUUAAAGGUUGUAAACACAUUGGAACACGUUGAAUGCAUAGACCGAAGAUGGAUAACGUGGGCCAUAUCUGGAAGCAGUGCACUUGUUGCCGUAUUGUUAACACUUAUCAUAAGCACCAUUGUAUACCGAAAUCGAUGGAAACUGCGGUAUGUCUAUUAUAGCAGAAAGCGUCGAUAUGUGCAUACAGGAUUUGAUCGAUUGUUUUCAAAUGACGCCAUGAUUUCUUACUCCAAGGGAAAGGCAAGCUUUAUCAAGAGCUCCGUCGUUCCUUCUUUAGAGCACAACCAUGAUCUCUCGCUUUGGAUACAUGACAGGGACUCAGCUGCGGGUGAAUCUGUUGCCGAGAAUAUCACACAUGCAAUCUGUACAAGUCGCAAAACUGUUCUCUUUAUUGACAACGAAUAUCUUACUGACUCUUGGUGCGGGUAUGACAUGAACAUUGCUUUGGUGGAAUCUGUGGAGACACAAAGAAAGCUGAUUAUUGUUCUUCUGAUGGAUGGACUUAAUGCGGACCGACUGCCAAUUCACAUUCUUAGGCUGCUGAGAGAUGAAAUAUUGCUGGAGUAUCCCGAAUCUGAGAACGGCAAUGCACUUGAGACAUUGUGGAAUGAACUUGCCAUUGAAAUAAGAAAGUAGAUAAAUUCAUAUUGAUGUGGUGUUCAGUAACAUUAAGUUUAUAUUUAUAUUAUGAUUCUGGAAGUUUUUACUUUUCUUUGUUGUUUGUGUGGACGAUGAUUUUCGUAUGUCAUUUGUAAGUUUGUAAAUUGUUCGCAAUCCAAUCUUUCUAUCAGUCUUAGCCAUUUAAAGCAUUUAUCAAUAAAAAUCGAACACAAA